AUGGGAGAUCUUAUUUCCCCGGUCGGCUCUCCGUUGAGUUCGGCGUGUUCCCUGUCCCCACCUCCCAGUCCGAUGGUCUAUCUGUCGCCGCCUCCGUCACAGGACUCUGAGCCUUCUGCCGCCUCCAACGACUUGCCGCCCGCCAGGAAGAAACGUCGCGUCACCGCCCCUCCGAAAGAACGCCGAACGCAGCUUUUGGAUCUAUCUGCCACGUCCGGCCUCUCCCACGCCCAACAGCAAUCUCAGAUCGACCUGUUAACAAAAACCAUUCGCCGUCAUCGCAAGAUCGUGGUCAUCGCUGGAGCUGGCAUCUCCACCUCUGCGGGCAUUCCCGACUUCCGCUCCACUGAUGGGCUAUUUAAGUCCCUGCAGAAGAAGCAUAACCUCAAGGCUUCCGGCAAACUUCUCUUCGAUGCCGCCGUUUACCAGGAUGAGAACUUGACGGCCUCGUUCCAGGAUAUGGUCCGGUCGCUCUCCGAGGAGGCGGCCAAGACGUCCCCCACGGCUUUUCACCACAUGCUGGCCCGUCUGGGCCAGGAAGGUCGCCUCACGCGACUCUACACUCAAAAUAUCGAUGGAAUCGAAACCUCGAUGCCGCCCCUGGCUACGCAAAUCCCGCUGAAUGUGAAGGCCCCCUGGCCGCGCACCAUUCAACUCCACGGCAGUCUCGACAAGGUGGUCUGUCAGAAGUGUCGCCAUCUGACGGAUUUCGACUCGGCCAUGUUCGAUCGUCCCGAUGCCCCCGAGUGCCCGGAGUGCUCCAGGAAUAACCAGUUUCGCAUCGAAACCGGCCAGCGCAGCCACGGCGUGGGGAAGAUGCGCCCGCGCAUCGUCCUCUACAACGAGCACAACCCUGACGAGGAGGCCAUUACGUCGGUCAUGAACGCCGACAUCCGCUCCCGUCCCGAUGCGCUCAUUGUGGUCGGCACCAGCCUGAAGAUUCCUGGUGUUCGUCGCCUCGUCAAGAGUCUGUGCCAUGUGAUUCGGAGUCGUCGCAACGGCGUCACUAUGUGGAUCAAUAAUGAGCCCCCGGUCGGCCGCGAUUUCGAGGAUUGCUGGGAUCUGAUGGUCAAGGGGAACUGCGAAGAGGUUGCUCGACUCGCCAAUCUGAAGCGAUGGGAUGAUCAGUCCGAUUCGGUGUUCGACGAAUGUAGCCUCUCCGAGGUGGAGCGGGUCAAGAGCGAGCAGGAUGUAUCCAUCGUGGUCCAGACGCAAACGCCGAAGAAGAAACAGAAGACCCAAACUGCCGCGCAAGAUUCCCAACCCUGCCAGCCGUGGACGGAAUCUCAACGAGGUGCUUCAGGCGACCAAAGCGACCGGACCGAAGAAGAAGGGCCCACAGAAGGCUGCACCGCGCAAAACCAACAAGAAGGGACAGGCGACCAAGAAUGCGACCAUCAAUUCGAAGUUCAAGGCUGCCAAGCCCCAGAGCGUUGCGACCGACAGCAAGGCACUCAAGCCGGAAAAGGAUGA